CCAGGUCAUCGUAUCGCGGGAUGCGAAACGUGGAUGAUAACAGUCGUUAUUCGAGCGAUUAAUCUGACACUAGUCACGGUUUAGCACGGAGGGGGACUCGUGCGGAACCGUUCGCGGCCACGGGAGCAAUUCUCGUCCAAGUGGAAAACGUACUCGUCUCGGCCUCCCGGUAGGGAGGACGCGAAGUUUUGACAGGUGGCCCGCGCGAACGGACUCUCGUUACGUGCACCGGGGCGGUGAUCCCUUUGCCGGGACGACGUCACGAUAAACAAGUCCGUCCGUCGAGACCCGAGCUGACGCUGACGCACGUCGCUCGGAAUUCCGCGGCCAUCACUGGCCAUCGGUGAUUCCCGAGGACUCGCGUUGGUGGCGCGACCCGAGCUGAACGGGCGAACGCGGAAUCGGACCGCUCCGAUACGCGCGCGAUAGCUUCGAAAGAUUUGGAAUAGAUCGCGCGUACGUACUCGUGGCGUUGAAAGAUCGACCUCGGGGAAAAGAAGCUGAAAAUCCCUUCACGUCCUCUUUCCGAUAGAAUGCAUCCAAAACACUGCAAGUGAAAAGCGGAUUGAUAAUCCUGACUCGAUAAUCCUGACGAUGUACCUGGAUGACCUUGGGGACCAGGCAAUCCAGGACGACCUGGACGAUUUCGGCCGGGCGGACCAGGUGGACCCUGCAUGUGUGAUAUCAUCUCUGUCAUCUGUUCUUCAAGAAUGUGUCUCAAGGAUAUGUUGACAACGGAUUUCUAAGAAUCCUAAGAAGAAAAGCGAUAACCAAAACACAAAUUGACAACGCUGGAACGACAGUCGACUUUAAGCAAGCCGCGACGUUGCUGAGGAUCUUUUUUCGGCUUCUUCGCCGGCGGAAUUAUCACCAGCACAAAGGUGAAAGACGACACCGCGUGCUACAAGUGUUGGUUUAUAGAUUGCCAAAAAGGUUGAGGCAAAAGUCUGCGAAAAUAACGAGGUAUGAAAAUCAAUGGUUGCGUCAUAGUGAUCCCCACACGAGGUGGCGCCACAUCAGAGCCAAGACGAAGACUCCCGAUGAAAUUUUUGCUGUCACAGACAAAGUUCAUCAGUGACGAGUCAGCACGACAGCGAUCGCGCUGUGCGGCCGCAAGGACUUUUCAAGCGAACGUCAAUGCGCGGCGAAGAGCGGCGGAAGAACAACCAAGAACUCCUUAGAAUUUAUCGAAUCUGGAUGAGAUGCGGGCAUUCAACGACACACAAUUAAAUAAAAGAAGCUUCCGUGUUUCCGCUGGGGUGACUCUGCGAGAGUGCAGUGUCGUCAUUAUCGGAAGUACGUGCAAGAUAUGCGGUAGAAACUUCAAAUGCGAGACCGACGUUUUUCUGCAUUCACGAUGGCGACACAACGGGACCAUAGGAUCGCUAAUUGACAAUCUAUAUCACGAGCUUUAUCUCGAAAGAUUUGUCAUCGGCCAAAAAUGCGACAUAUGCGAUAUGCAGUUUCAAACUACCACCGAUUUGAAGAUUCACAAGCGACUGAUACAUAAACAUGGUACAAGAGCCAAAUACAGAAAGAGACCGGGAAAAGAAACAAUACGCGUAAAAUUCAAACUAAACGGAAUGACGACAAUGGAUGUGAAUCUGGAUCGGAAGUACUUAAUGGAGCAUAAUCUCAGAAAUUUCAACAUGGGUACGCAAACUCUGGACUCGCUCGAAAAUAAGAAACAUGAAGAUAACUGCGCUGGGGAUAUCGAUUUGUUUCUCUCGGACCAUGUAAUGGAUAACAGUCAUAUGCAACAUAUACGGCCCCACAAAGCCACAAAUCGAUACAUUGUAGGUAAAUUCACGUCUACUAAAGGCGACACGACAGAGCGUUCUACCCCUGUAGGGGAGAGAAGUCUUAUAGAGAUCUCGAAUACUCCCCAUAGAGACGUAAUCCCCGGUAGCAACGGCUCGUGCGAGGUAUAUGAAAGUCGUCGCAAUCUUACUUCUCAGGAAAAUAUAGCGAGCGUAUGGAUCAGAAGUUUCAAUAAUUUAGACAUUCAUGACAAGGAAAAUUCGCAAGGAAAGCUAAAUGAACGAGAGAGGGAAAAUGUAUAUUGCCAAACCGAAUUUUUAUUAAACGAUAACAAAAAUACUCUUAUCUCUCAACGAGACAAAAACGACAGAACAACAUUACUAACAUCGAAGCAAAUAUCGGAAAAUGAAAUCUGUUACGAUCCUACCCAAGAAUCUAAUGAAGUUACGGAAGAUAAAGGAAGUGCUGGAUCAACAAAUUCUUUAGCAGAUUCUGAAGAAAUAAUUAUUGAUAUUGAAAAUAAUAAUAAUAAUAAUAAUAAUAAUAAUAAUAAUAAUAAUAAUAACAAAAUCUAUGAAACUAUGACAAAGCGUUCGCUUACUUCCUUCACUCGAAGUUCUUCUAACAUUAGAAAAAACGAAUUGUUAAAAGAUAAUUCGAGCGUUGAUGAUGACGUGCAGGAAGUACUACGAAUAACAAGGAGACAUCUACAAAGCGAUAUCAAUCACGAAUCACCCAAUCGUACUGAAAGAGAGAUAUUAGUACAAAAUACUGUUAAUGAAACAUUUCCUAAACAGCGGAAAUCGACUAAUUGCUCAGAGAAAUGCAAUGCUGGAUUUAUGGCGAAUUUUGAACCGUCUAGUUGUCCAAGAUUUACGACCAUGACUGAAAGUAGUUAUCAAUAUGUGGCAAACGCAUUUGAGAAAAAACUGGGUAUUUGUUUAGAAGAUAUGCAUCAUUACGGAAUCAAAUCACCAUAUUACAACAAAGUAAUAGAAAUUAACAACAACGACUUAGAAGAGUACGCGAUAUAUGCUCAUCAAGGAUUCUUAGAACCACGGAUACAAGGAGAAGCCAUAAUAACCAAUGGAUUAAAAGCGAACAAAAGACACAAUGAAGUAGCUGUGCUACAUUAAGCGUAUGUUGACAAAAAUUUAUUGUUGUGCGUUGAAAGACACGAUUAUAAAUUGUAAUCUUUUCAAAGCUAAAACAGUGUAUGUGCCAAUAUAUUAUUUUUCUUUAU